AUGACCUUAAGAGUCAAGAGGCAUGGUUUUAAUGCUCAAGAAAACUUUCUUCUAACAAUGGCAAACCAGACUAAUGUGAAAGAAUUUAUUAUCCUCGGAUUCUCCAAUAUCCAACAAUUUCAAACAUUUCUGUAUGUGUUUUUCUUGCUCAUUUACAUCACUGCUCUCUCUGUAAAUAUAUCUCUUAUCAUCAUAAUUCGGUUUGGUCAACAGCUCCAUAAACCCAUGUAUUUCUUACUUGGAACUUUAUCCUUUUUGGAAUUAGGUUACAUUUCAGUAACAGUUCCUAAAAUUAUAGUGGACAUCCCAAGAGAAAGAAAAAGUAUAUCCUUUUCUGGUUGCAUGACUCAGCUUUUCUUCUUUACUUUCCUUGGUGCCACAGAGAACAUUCUACUUGCAGUAAUGUCCUUUGAUCGAUUUUUGGCAGUGUGUUACCCAUUGCGCUACUCAAGCAUCAUGAGUCAUAGGGUCUGUUUCAUCCUAGCAGCUUCAUCCUGGGUCCUAGGCUUCCUGACCACUUCAUUUCCUAUUAUCAAAAUAACACAGUUACAUUUUUGCAGUGCCAAUGUUAUUAACCAUUUCUUCUGUGAAUCGGCUCCUUUACUAAAACUGUCUUGCUCUGACCCCUACUUCAAAGAACUGACCGUUAUAAUUUGUGCAUCAUCAGUCAUCCUAAGCUCUGUUCUGCUUACUUUGAUGUCCUAUGGAUAUAUACUUCAAACUAUUCUGAGAAUCCCAUCUGUUACAGGAAAGCAGAAAGCAGCUUCUACCUGCGCUUCACACCUUAUAGUGGUUACCACUUUCUAUUCAACAACGUUUGUAAUGUACAUUAAGCCCACUGCUAGUCAAGGAUCACUAAAUAAGGUGAUGGCAUUGUUCUAUGCUGUCUUUACCCCACUUGUCAACCCAUUCAUUUACAGCUUACGUAACAAGGAAGUAAAAGAAGCACUUGGACUGUUUUUAAAAAAAAAUCUAUUUUACAGUUUUUCCAUUUAA